AUGGGGAGGUCUCCUUGUUGCGAUGAGAAUGGCCUAAAAAAAGGACCAUGGACUCCUGAAGAAGAUCAAAAGCUUGUUGAAUACAUCCAAAAACAUGGCCAUGGAAGUUGGAGAGCUCUCCCAAAGCUUGCAGGUCUUAAUAGAUGUGGCAAGAGCUGUAGGUUAAGGUGGACAAAUUACUUGAAACCUGAUAUAAAGAGAGGCAAAUUUUCUCAAGAUGAAGAGCAAACAAUUCUACAUCUUCAUUCAAUCCUUGGAAACAAAUGGUCAGCUAUUGCUACCCACCUCCCAGGCAGGACGGACAAUGAGAUUAAGAAUUUCUGGAACACUCAUUUGAAGAAGAAGCUGAUUCAAAUGGGUUUUGAUCCAAUGACCCACCAACCAAGAACUGAUCACUUCUUUGCCAGUUUGCCUCAUCUCAUGGCCCUCGCUAACCUGAGAGACCUAAUGGAGCAGCAUCCAUUCGAUGAACAUGCCAUGAGAUUGCAGGAAGAAGCUGUCCAUUUAGCGAAGCUUCAAUAUGUACAGUAUUUUCUCCAAUCAGCAGCUUCAAUCCCCUCCACCAACUCUUACUGCCAAAAUGGCAUUACAGACAUGGAAGUUCUCAAUCUGUUGAAUUCAAUUCCUCCCAUAAAAGAAAACCUAGUAUUAAAUUCAUCAGAACUGGAGAAUCAGGAUCCGUAUCACUUUGGAAAUGCAACCUCUCAACUACUCCACCAUCCAAGUGUAUUGUCUCAAUUGUCUGACCCACAAGUCCCUUUCAGUUAUCAACCAUCUUUGAAUACUGAGAUGGGCCAAGCUCCAUUUUUAACUACAAUGCUCAGCCAGGAAGAUAAUAACCCAUCUGAUUCUUCAUGGGUGCUUCCUUCUCCUACUCCUGUUCCUCCAACUGUGACCGAGACUUCCAUAACAAAUCCAGGUGAUGCUAGCAGCACAACUUCUAGCUAUAGUGGAAGAACUUCUUCAUAUUGGCCUGAGCUUUUUUUGAAGAUCCUAUUAUGCAUGAGAUUUCCUAGUUAUACUGUCUGA